AUGGGCCGCCCGGAGCCUGUCGUGCUGUUCGCUCAGACGAUCCUCCACUCCCAGCUGGACGAGUACGUCGACGAGGUGCUAUUUUCUGAACCAGUUGUGAUAACUGCUUGUGAGUUUCUUGAGCAGAAUGCAUCUCCUUCUAUGCCAAACAUUUCCCUUGUUGGUGCUACAUCGCCACCUUCAUUUGCUUUGGAAGUGUUUGUUCACUGUGAUGGGGAGUCUCGAUUUAGGCGUCUUUGCCAUCCUUUCUUAUAUUCACAUUCUUCAUCCAAUGUGCUAGAAGUUGAGGCUAUUGUGACAAACCAUUUAGUUCUGCGUGGAACUUAUCGCAGCCUAACCCUUGUAAUAUAUGGCAAUACCGCCGAAGACCUUGGUCAAUUCAACAUAGAACUAGGUCUGGACCAUUCUCUUGCGAAUGUUGUUAGCUCUCCAUCAGAGGGAAAGCUUGAAGACCUCCCACCAGCGCUACAUUCAUCCAAAUUGUCAUUUGAAGAAUCAUUAUCAUCAUUGAAACCGUUGAGUUUUCAUGCCACUGAUGUUGACUUAUCAAUUGAAGCGAAGAAAGUCUUACAUUUGGCUCUGAAAAUGUACCAAAUGUCUGAUGUGGAAAAUCUUAUUCCUAACCUAAGAAGCGCAGUUCUCUCAGCUAUUUCUAAAUACGUGACUGCUAGUACAAACCAUAUUCUACAUACUUCGAGUCAAGACUCAGCAAAUGCGUUCACCAAGAGUGAUUUUGAUUCUCAGGAAAUUAACAAAAUUCUUGCUGAAGCUGGUAAUGAGCUCUCUGAAAUUUGGAAAAAUGUCCAUGCUGUUACUGACAGUAAUCUUUUCAAUGAUAAUGGUUUUACCAUUGGAGUAGAUGAAGACUUGCCCACGACCAAGAUUCUAAUUGAGUUGUUUAACCAAUGUUUCCCAUAUUACAAGAAUUUUUCUUUACUUGAUCUACAAUGUCCUUCUCAGAACAAAUGGUUGGUCCUGUCUUUGAGUUUGGUUCUCCUGCUAUGCUCCUCAAAGGAGAGUUGCUUUUAUUUUGUUGAUACUGGUGGGAUGGAGCAAAUCAUUAAUCUGCUUUGCUGGAAGACACCAAAAUCUGCAGCUACCACAUUGCUUCUCCUAGGUAUUGUGGACCAUGCUACUCGGAAUGGUUUUGGAUGUGAAGCUUUCCUGGGAUGGUGGCUGCAAACUGAGCACAGCAGUAUACCUGUUGGCAGCAGUGAUGGCUAUUGCUCUUUGCUGAAGCUUCUACUGGAAAAGGAAAGGCAUGAUAUUGCCUCUCUAGCUACAUAUGUUCUACAACGCUUGCGUUUUUAUGAGAUACUAUCUAAAUACGAGUCUGCGUUAGUCAAAGUGAUUUCCAAUCUUCAGGAUGAUAAACUUUCUACUGAUGGAGUUCCAUUUCUUAUUUCUGCUAGUGUUGAACUUGCUGAAAUGCUGAAAUUGAUUAUUUGCUGUGGCCCUAUUGAAGAUCCAUCACCAGUGGCUACUGCUAGAAGAAUAUUUAAGUCUGAACAUUUAGAAGGCUUGCUUUCGUACAAAGCAACAAUUGAUCUUAUAACUUCGUCUAAAUACAGUUUUUUGCAGUAUGAUACUGAUCCAUACUUAUUGUCUCUUAUCCAGGAAAGAAGUUUUUUUCCUCUGUCAGCAGCCUUAUUGUCAUCACCUAUAUUGCAUUUAGCCAGUGGCCCUGCUGCCGAAAUUUUGAUGGGGAUAGCAUCAUCAAUUGAAUCUAUUAUCCUCUCCCUCCUCUUUUGUCGUUCAGGGUUAUCAUUCUUGCUCAGUCAACCUGAAGCAACUGAGCUUAUAGUUCUUUCUCUUCAAGAUGCAGAAAAUAUGAAUAAAGCAGAAUGCAUAACUCUUCGGCAGGCUUUUGUUCUUUUAUCAAAAGGGUUCUUCUGCCGCCCAAAAGAAGUUGGAAUGAUCACAGAAUUACAUCUUAAAGUGGCAAGUGCUGCCAAUAGGAUACCCUCAGUUCCUCCAAAUUCUGACGAACUUUUGUGGGUUCUUUGGGAACUUUGUGCCAUUUCAAGGUCUGAUUCUGGUCGGCAAGCAUUAUUAGCUCUUGGGUAUUUUCCUGAGGCAAUAUCAGUUCUACUGAGAUCUCUCUCUUCAUAUAAGGAUCUUGAUUCAGUCAUGGCUAAGAAUGGAGGGUCGCCUUUGGGUCUUGCAAUUUUCCAUUCAGCUGCAGAAAUUCUUGAAGUUUUGGUUGCGGAUUCAACCGCUUCAUCACUUAAAUCAUGGAUUGGGUUUGCUGUUGAUCUGCACAAGGCUCUGCAUUCAUCUUCUCCUGGUUCAAACAGGAAAGAUGCACCAACAAGGUUGCUUGAAUGGAUUGAUGCUGGUGUUGUUUAUCAGAGAAAUGGUGCUCGCGGGCUUCUUCGUUAUUCUGCUAUUCUUGCAUCUGGUGGAGAUGCUCAUCUUUCUUCAGGAAAUGUGCUUGUGUCAGAUUCAAUGGAUGUAGAAAAUGUAGUUGCAGAUUCAAAUAGUAGCUCAGAUGGUCAGGUCAUUGAUAAUCUUCUUGGUAAACUUGUUGCGGAUAAGUAUUUUGACGGAGUUGCCCUAUGCAUCACUUCUGUGGUCCAAUUAACAGCCGCUUUCCGUAUCUUGGCAUUUAUUUCGGAUGAUAAGGCCGUGGCGUCAUCCCUUUUUGAAGAAGGCGCCAUAACUGUUAUAUACAUAGUCCUGAUGAACUGCAAGUCUAUGCUUGAGCGUUUAUCAAAUAGUUAUGAUUACCUUGUUGAUGAAGGGGCUGAACUGAGUUCUACCACGGAAUUACUUCUAGAUCGAACUCAUGAGCAAGCUAUUGUUGACCUCAUGAUUCCCUCACUUGUCUUGUUGAUAAAUCUCCUUCAUAUAUUACGUGAAACAAAAGAACAAUACCGCAACAAAAAACUUCUUAGUUCUCUUCUGCAGUUGCAUCGAGAAGUUAGCCCGAGGCUAGCAGCUUGUGCUGCAGAUUUGUCCUUCAUGUUUCCUACUUUUGCUAUCGGUUUUGGUGUUGUUUGCCAUCUUAUCACGUCAGCAGUUGCUUGCUGGCCGUUGUAUAAUUGGGCACCUGGUCUGUUUCAUUGCCUUCUUGAAAAUAUCGAGGCUACUAAUGCGUCUGUACCAUUGGGCCCAAAGGCUGCUUUUAGUCUGCUUUGUCUUCUGGGUGAUCUAUUCCCAGAUGAAGGCAUAUGGCUAUGGAAAGUUGAACUUCCUUCCCUGAGUGCCAUUAGAUCUUUGAGUACUGGAACAGUGCUUGGGCCUCAAGUGGAGAAAGAGGUGAAUUGGUACCUGCAUCCUGAACAUGUGGCCAUAUUACUUGUGAGGCUGAUGCCACAACUUGAUAGACUUGCUCGUAUCAUUGAUAACUUUGCUACUUCGGCCUUGAUGGUGAUACAGGACAUGCUUCGUGUUUUCAUUGUUCGUGUUGCCUCAGAAAAGAUUGAGUGUGCAGUUGUUCUUCUACGCCCUAUAUUUAUAUGGUUAGACGAUAAAGUUGACAAAACUUCCCUGUCAGAGAGAGAGAUCUUUAAGGUGCAUCAGUUGCUUCAGUUUACUGUAAAAUUAUCUGAGCAUCCUACUGGCAAGGUAUUGCUUUGGAGGAUGGGAUUCACAAGGAUUUUUAGAAAGUUACUACAGAAUUGUAGCCGAGCAUCUUUUUCGGAUGAUAAUCAGACUUUUGGAAUGGCGGCCUCUAAGAAUGACCUCAUGCUCAAAUGGAGGAUCCCUCUAUUUAAAUCUAUUGCAUAUAUCUUUAGUAUCGACCCGUCUAAUAAUGAGAAGGCUGUUAUUGAAGAGUCCCUGAAUGAGAAAUCUGUUCAUGAAUGCUCUCUUGUCAUGCAUCACCUCAUGAUGUUCUGCCAGGUUUUGCCUGUUGGCCGGGAAAUGUUAGCAUGUUCGUUGGCGUUCAAGGAAUUGGCUUCUUCUUAUACCUGUAGAAGUGCAGUAACUUUGAUAUUGUCACAAAUACAUACUUCCAACAAAGAUGUUCUUGAAAAAGAUGAGAGUGACCCUAACCAUAACUUGCCAACUCUGGAUGGUUGGAAUUGCUUUUCCUCAUUGUUCAAGUGCUGGAAGAAGCUUGUAAAAUAUAUUGGUUCUAAUCAACCAAUGGAUUAUUUAGUAGAAACUAUUUAUUCCUUGACACUAGGUGCUAUCACCCUCAGCCAGUAUGGUGAAAAUCUCGAGGGUCUGUUAAUAUUGAGGCAUCUAUUUGGGCUCCCUUCUGAUCCUAGUGGUUCCUUGGAAUCAUCUGGUGAGAGUCCAAGUGAGAUUGAGUUAUUCAUGAAGACAUCUGAAGAGAAGAUAUGCCAGAGCUUUGAAAAUUCAACGACUGCUGUUGGAAAGACUCUUUUACGCAAGCUAUUGAAUUCGAUCACAUUACUACGCACUAUUCUUGAGAAUUCUGGGCAAUCCGCAGAUUCAGUGCAGAUGGUUCUUGAAGAAGGCACUGACUCACUGUCCGAAAUCGCUCGCUCUGUUGUUAUGACAGCUCAUCUGAUGCCAUCCCUAGCCAAUGUGUCAGUAAAUGAUGAAUCUCCUUUUCUCUUCUCUAAUGUGUGGAAGGUUAUUGUUGAUUCAGAAGAACCUCUUGACUGCCAAGAGGGUGAAUUUGCAAAGAGACUAGUUUGGGAGUUGCCUGAUUCUUCUCUUGAUAAACAACUAACACCUGGCCAAUCUGCCAGGAGGAAAUUAGCACUGGGAGAGAGUGCAAGUAGGCGUGUAAGGGAUAAUCAACUGCCUGAACCCACUGGACAGUUCUCACGAGGUUUAAAUACAACCAAUGCUUCUUCAGGACAUACACGCAGAGACACUUUCCGCCAGCGGAAACCUAACACAAGUAGACCACCUUCAAUGCAUGUAGAUGACUAUGUUGCAAGAGAGAGAAACAUAGAUGGUGCAAGUAGUGCGUCAAAUAUUGUGAACUCUACUCCACGGGGAACGCUUAGUGGAAGGCCUCCAUCCAUUCAUGUUGAUGAAUUUAUGGCAAGGCAGAGAGAACGUCAAAAUCCUGUGCCAGCCCCAACUGGAGAUGCACCUCAAGCUAAAAGUCAGACAAGUUUAGAUGACAGCCUUCGUACUAAGACAGAGAACUUGCGUCAACCCAAGACUGAUCUCGAUGAUGACCAAGAAAUUGAAAUUGUCUUUGAUGAGGAAUCAGGUUCAGAUGAUAAACUUCCUUUCCCUCAACCAGAUGAUAGUCUCCAAUCACCACCUGUCAUUAUUGGGGAAAAUUCUCCUGGUCCUGUUAUUGAGACAGAAAAUCAGGAGAAUGAAAGAAUUCCCUUUUCCCAGAGGGCCACAUCACUCCCACAGGAUGAUGAAAGUCCUGGCAUUGACAUUUCUUCCCAGACUGCAAUGCUUUCAGAAGCUAACAAUUCUUUGGAACUGAAAUAUUCAGUUUCUAGCCCAGGGAAGAAUUGUUUUCGUGAUCAUGCUGAAGAGUCUAAUUAUCCUUCUAUUGGUGUGUCUGGGAGAUCAUCUGUACAAGCAGAUCAUCAACAAUUAUCUCGUAGACAUGAAAAGAGAAGUCCACAAAAAUUUUCUGAGACUUCUCUGUCAAGUGGAUCCCAUGGGCAUGAGCAUAGACAUUCCAAUAACCAUCCACCUCUGCCACCAAUGCCACCACCAAUUUCAUUGGUGCCCAUGCAAAAUACUGAUUCAGUUAAUAGGCAGUCAUCUUCCUUUAGUUUUAGAGAUCGACCAACACCUAGUCCUUCUGGUUAUCCUAUACAAUCUUUUGACUCUAGUAUGCCUAGUGCUUUCACAGGCCUUCAGGGUCAAACUCAAUAUAUGCUUGCAGGCGUUGGCGGUGGUUCAUCAGCGAAUGAUUUACCCAAUGCAGAGGCCAAGCUUCUAUGGAACACAUUUCCAGUAAAUAGGAUCCCUCUGGAGACCUUCAGCUCAGGUUUAUCUGCUCGGCCGAUGCCACCCCAUACACCUUAUUCAGCUCUUGCUACUCAACAUGCUACGAUGAGCUCUAGCUCUCCAGCAACGCUGUAUAACCAAGGGAGUGUUGUCCAGCCUUCUCCAACUGCUUCUAUUAUUAGUGAUUCAAAUUUAGCCAUGAACUCCGCAUCUGGCAGCAUGCUCGCAUCGAAUCUGCUGCCAUCAUUUGCACCACAAUUUCUGAUGGGCAGGCCUUCAAUGCCUACUCCGUUUUUUGGAACGCCUCUUCAACAAGUUCAGUUUUCAUCUGGUCUUCCACAAAAUAUUUCUAACCCGCAGCCUUCUGUCUCCUCAGUACAACCACGGCCACCUCCACCCCCCCCACCACCACAGCAGCCACAUCCUUCUCAGACACUACAACAACUUGGUGCUCUCCAAUUACCACACCAAGAUCAGCAGCUGCCAUAUCCCCAGAGUGCUAUCUUGCCACAAGUUCCAUUGCAGUUUCCUAACCAGCUACCCAUUCCUCAACUACAAUUGUAUCAUCAAAGCCAGCAGGAAUCUGGGCAAACACUGAGGCAAGUUGGUGAACAAUCACAGCUUCAGAACCAGGGUAUGCAAGCUGAUAUUUUCUCACAACAGCAGCAAGACUCAGGGAUCAACUUAAACCAGUUCUUUUCAUCUCCAGAAGCCAUUCAGAGUCUACUUAGUGAUCGUGAGAAGCUCUGCCAACUUUUAGAGCAAAAUCCAAAACUUAUGCAAAUGCUCCAGGAUCGCAUCGGCCAGUUGUAG